AUGCAUCAACAGAUACCUUGCAGAACGGCAAUGAGAGGAAGACUUCUACUUAAUGGCACGUACUUUCAAGUUAAUGAGGUAUUUGCUGACCAUGAAUCCAGUUACAGUCCGAUUAUUGUGCCUAGGAGUUUAAUAUGGCAACUAAAGAGGGGGACUGUAUAUAUUGGGACAUCACCAUCAUCAAUCUUUAGAGGAACUAGAUCAAUAAGAGACAUUCAAGAAAAUUUCUGGAGAGGUUUUAUUUGUGCCAGAGGAUGGGAUACAAAAACGCGUCAACCGAAACCUCUUUCCAAAAGAUUCCAUUGUCCACCUAGUAAGAUGGAAAGGGCUGGAAAAAGUACCAAUAUGCAAGAAUCGGUACUAAUUAAUGGCACCUCAAGCAUGUCUUAUGGUGGUGGAUCCUAGUUCUUGUACAUAAUUUGCAACUACCUUUGAGAUUAUGUUCUACUAGCAUUCAAAAUAGGAUUUUUUUUUCAUUCCCAUUUCUAUUGGAAAAGGGUUUUUGUUGAACUUGAAGCCAUGACUUUCAGUCUAGGAUUAUUAUUGGGUGUACUAAUUAUUAGACCUGGCCUGGUUUUUCUUAGGCCCCCACUCAUUUUUAAGAAAUUAUCAUUUAAAUUCUUUAA